GUUCAUAUAAACUCCUUGAACUUCCGCAGUGCGGGUCAUUCGACCAAGUCUGCCAUCACGACACACAUCGCAGGCUCAUGACAUAUCCACAGGAUGUUGACCCAGGUGGCUGCCAUAGUUAUGGUACUGAAUUUAACAACGUCUUCAACAAUAAGAACUAACACUGUUAAUACCGAUAAUACCAGUUAUCAUCCCGGAUCACACAAUUCACACAAUUGUUGGCUAAAAUGCUUCACUUCUAAAAAAUAUGACCACAACUUCGGCUAUACAAAUCGAACUUCCAGACAUGGAGGAGAAAGCACUGCCCAAGAAGGUCUGAGCACUGGCUAUGGUGGACAAAGUUCUGGCUAUGGAGGACAAAGCACUGGACUUGGUAGACAAAGCACUAGCAAGGGUGGUCAGAACACUGAUUAUGGUGGACAGAAUUCUGGCAAUGUAGGAAUUAGCACAGACAAUGGAGGUCAAAGCACUGGCCAAGGAGAUAAGAGCACUGGCUAUGGAGAAUACAAAACUAGCCUUAGAGGACAUAGUACUGCCCUUAGAAGAGAAACCACUGGCAUAGGAGGCCUAAGCACUGGCUAUGGAGGUCAUAACUUUGGCCUUAAAGAACAAAGCACAGGUAAAGGAAGCCAGAGCACUGGCUAUGGUGUACAGAGUUCUGGCUAUGGAGGACACAGCACUUACUUUGGAGGACAAAGCACAGAUAAAGGUGGUCAAAGCACAAGCUAUGGAGGAAACAAUUCUGGUUAUGUAAGACACAGCCUUGAAGGACAAAGCAAAUGGGAAGGAUGCCAGAGUUCUCGCUAUGGUGGUCACAUCAUUGGCCUUGGAGGCCAAGGAGGUCUGAGCGCUAUCCGUGGAGGACACACCUUUGGCCUUAGAGGACACAGCUUUGGCCUUGGAAGAAACAGCUUUGGACUUGGAGAACAAAGCAAUAGCAAAGGAAGCACUGGCUGUGGAGGACGAAACACUGGCUAUGGAGAACAAAUCACUGGCCAUAGAAGACAAAGUGCUGACAAGGGUGGUCAUAACACUGUCUUUGGUGGACAGAGUUCUGGAUAUGGAGUACACAGCACUGACCUUAGAGCACGAAGUAUUGGCAAAGGAAUUCGGAGCAGUAAUAAUGGAGGACACAGCACUGGCAAAGGAGAUCAGAGCACUAGCUUCGGAGGACCAGGUACUGAUAAAGGAGGUCAGAGAACUGGUAAAAGAGGAUACAGCACUGGCAAAGGAGGACAUAACACUGGCCUUAGAGGACCAAGCACUGUUAAAGGAGGUCAAAAAACUGGUAAUAGAGGAUACAGCACUGGCAAAGGAGGUCAUAACACUGGCCUUGGAGAACCAAGCACUGUUGAAGGAGGUCAGAGAAAUGGUAAAAGAGGAUACAGCACUGGCAAAGGAGGACAUAACACUGACCUUGGAGGACCAAGCACUGUUAAAGGAGGUCAGAGAAAUGGUAAUAGAGGAUACAGCACUGGCAAAAAAGGUCAUAAACCUGGCCUUGGAGGACCAAGCACUGGUAAAGGAGGUCAGAGAACUCGUAAUAGAGGACACAGCACUGGCAAAGAAGGUCAGAGUUCUAGCUUCGGAGAACCAAGCACUGUUGAAGGAGGUCAGAGAAAUGGUAAAAGAGGAUACAGCACUGGCAAAGGAGGACAUAACACUGACCUUGGAGGACCAAGCACUGUUAAAGGAGGUCAGAGAAAUGGUAAUAGAGGAUACAGCACUGGCAAAAAAAAUCAUAACACUGGCCAUGGAGGACCAAGUACUGAUAAUGGAACUCAGAUAACUGGUAAUAGAGGAUACAUCACUGGCAAAGAAGGUCAGAGCUCUAGCUUCGGAGGACCAAGUACUGAUAAUGGAAUUCAGAUAACUGGUAAUAGAGGAUACAGCACUGGCAAAGAAGGUCAGAGCACUAGCAUCGGAGGACCAAGUACUGAUAAUGGAAUUCAGAUAACUGGUAAUAGAGGACACACCACUGGCAAAGAUGGUCAGAGCACUAGCAUCGGAGGACCAAGUACUGAUAAUGGAAUUCAGAUAACUGGUAAUAGAGGAUACAGUUCUGGCAAAGAAGGUCAGAGCUCUAGCAUCGGAGCACCAAGUACUGAUAAUAAAAUUCAGAUAACUGGUAAUAGAGGAUACAGCGCUGGCAAAGAAAGUCACAGCACUAGCAUCGGAGGACCAAGUACUGAUAAUGGAACUCAGAUAACUGGUAAUAGAGGAAACAGCACUGGCAAAGAAAGUCAGAGCACUAGCAUCGAAGGAGCAAGUACUGAUAAUGGAAUUCAGAUAACUGGUAAUAGAGGAUACAGCGCUGGCAAAGAAGGUCAGAACACUAGCAUCGGAGGACCAAGUACUGAUAAUGGAAUUCAGAUAACUGGUAAUAGAGGAUACAUCACUGGCAAAGGAGGUAAGAGCACUAGCAUCGGAGCACCAAGUACUGAUAAUGGAAUUCAGAUAACUGGUAAUAGAGGAUACAGCGCUGGCAAAGAAAGUCACAGCACUAGCAUCGGAGGACCAAGUACUGAUAAUGGAACUCAGAUAACUGGUAAUAGAGGAUACAGCACUGGCAAAGAAAGUCAGAGCACUAGCAUCGGAGGACCAAGUACUGAUAAUGGAAUUCAGAUAACUGGUAAUAGAGAAUACAUCACUGGCAAAGAAGGUCAGAGCACUAGCAUCGGAGGACCAAGUACUGAUAAUGGAAUUCAGAUAACUGGUAAUAGAAGACACACCACUGGCAAAGAUGGUCAGAGCACUAGCAUCGGAGGAGCAAGUACUGAUAAUGGAAUUCAGAUAACUGGUAAUAGAGGAUACAUCACUGGCAAAGAAGGUCAGAGCUCUAGCAUCGGAGGACCAAGUACUGAUAAUGGAAUUCAGAUAACUGGUAAUAGAGGACACACCACUGGCAAAGAUGGUCAGAGCACUAGCAUCGGAGGAGCAAGUACUGAUAAUGGAAUUCAGAUAACUGGUAAUAGAGGAUACAUCACUGGCAAAGGAGGUAAGAGCACUAGCAUAGGAGCACCAAGUACUGAUAAUGGAAAUCAGAUAACUGGUAAUAGAGGAUACAGCGCUGGCAAAGAAAGUCACAGCACUAGCAUCGGAGGACCAAGUACUGAUAAUGGAACUCAGAUAACUGGUAAUAGAGGAUACAGCACUGGCAAAGAAAGUCAGAGCACUAGCAUCGGAGGACCAAGUACUGAUAAUGGAAUUCAGAUAACUGGUAAUAGAGGACACACCACUGGCAAAGAUGGUCAGAGCACUAGCAUCGGAGGAGCAAGUACUGAUAAUGGAAUUCAGAUAACUGGUAAUAGAGGAUACAUCACUGGCAAAGAAGGUCAGAGCUCUAACUUCGGAGGAGCAAGUACUGAUAAUGGAAUUCAGAUAACUGGUAAUAGAGGAUACAUCACUGGCAAAGAAGGUCAGAGCUCUAGCUUCGGUGGACCAAGCAGUGUUAAAGAAGGUCAGAAAACUGGUAAUAGAGGAUACAGCACUGGCAAAGAAGGUAAGAGCACUAGCAUCGGAGGAGCAAGUACUGAUAAUGGGAUUCAGAUAACUGGUAAUAGAGGAUACAGCGCUGGCAAAGAAGGUCAGAGCACUAGCAUCGGAGGACCAAGUACUGAUAAUGGAAUUCAGAUAACUGGUAAUAGAGAAUACAUCACUGGCAAAGAAGGUCAGAGCACUAGCAUCGGAGAACCAAGUACUGAUAAUGGAUUUCAGAUAACUGUUAAUAGAGGAUAUACCACUGACAAAGAAGGUCAGAACACUAGCAUCGGAGGACCAAGUACUGAUAAUGGAAUUCAGAUAACUGGUAAUAGAGGACACACCACUGGCAAAGAAGGUAAUAGCACUGGUCUUGGAGGACCAAGCAUUGGUAAAGGAGGUCCGAGAUCUGGUAAUAGAGGAAACAGCACUGGCAAAGAAGAUUAUAGCACUGGCCUUGGAGUACCAAGCAUUGGUAAAGGAAGUCAGACCAUUAACUAUGGAGAUAAGAGUUCUGGACUUCGAGAACACAGAUCAGGCUACGAAGGAAUUAGCAUCAGCAAACAAGCAAAUAUUUCUCUACAUGGUGGUCAAAGCAGUUUUCAUGUUGAUAUUAGUACUGCUCUUGGAAGUAUCAUUGAUAGUCAAGGUGGUCGCAGUUCGGGCCAUCAUGGAAAAAGCACUAGGCAUAGAGGUAUCACCACUGACCAAGGAGAAGAAAGUUCGGCUGAAGGAAAUAUUACCAUACCCCAUGGAGGUAAUAGCACAGGCCAUGGAGGUCACAGCAAAGGUUUUGAAUAUCACAGCAUUGGUCAAUGUGAUAAUAGUUCUGUUUAUAGAGGUCAUAGUUCUAACUAUGGAGGACAAAUUACUGGUCUUGGAGGUCACGUUUCAUCUGAAGGUCACGUUUCUGCUGAAGGAGGUCACAGCUCUAGUCAUGGAGGAAAUAGCUCCUUCAAAGGAGUUCAUAGUUCCUCUAGAGGAGUUCAUAGCACUGGCAAGAGAGGUCACAGAUCUGGUAAUGGUAGUCUCAGUUCAGCUCAAGGUUAUCACAUCCUUAGGCAUAAAGAUCAUAUACACAUGCAUGGUGGUCAUGGAAAUUAUCGACAUGACACUUAUGACGAUGAUGACUGCGACUUUGAUGAUGAUGAUGAUGAUGAUGAUGAAGAUGAUGAUGAUGAUGAAGAUGAUGAUGCUGAUGAUGAUGACAGAGAUUGAUGUUAUUACGAAGACGAGGACUAGUGCUUUAAUAUAUCUUCAUAUAUUAAGUAUGUGAUAUUUUAUCAUUUUUGGAAUUUCGGGAUCAGAAUAGUGGUUUCGCUGAUGGAGAGUUUUUGUAUGAAUUAAAAAAAAAAAGCACACAUGUUUGAAAGAUGGAGUCUGUGGAAUCUGAUGCUUGGGUGUUUGUUUGUGCAGUGAGGCACUCCUGUGUGUAAAGCAGCUUGUGAUACAUAUAUAUGUGUGUGUACAUACGUGUCUAACAUAUGCAAAAUACUAUUACAUGUGGGAAAACCGGUUCGGAAAGGAUAGUACAAUUAAUUAAUUACAAUUUUAUUUGCUACUAAUACCGACACUAUUAAUUUAAUCAAAACACUUAAAAUGUCUGCCCAUAAAUAAAUCACUCCUUUAUUCAGUUCAUGGUUCACUCUCCCCAAUGGAGCUCGGCUCAACAGUGAUUCUCCCUUCUGCUCGUCUCUUACCUCGCAUCUAUGUCCCAGCACACUGUUCAACAUUUCUCACUUGUCUGUGCUGUGACACAGUCCCUGAUACACCGCAAUCUACACACGAAGCCCAUCGAUUGGCAUCCGCAUUCGCUCAUCAAGGAGUCACGCACCCUCUUCACUUCAUGGCCCAGAAGGGUGGUAUAGUCACUUUUAUACCCCUCAGCCCCCCUUCUGGAAUGAUCUGCCCUCCUGUCGUUUCAUCAAUGUCAAUAUAGAUGCCCGAAGCUCCCAGAACAAUGACGUCCUUGUUACACCACUCCACGCGAUAGCCUCUGGGAGCCCGCAGAAUUCUCAAAAGGCUAAGGCAUCGAUUAUAAAGCAUCGAGGAAGGAGGAAGUUAUAGGAGUGGAUGGGGUAGAGAGGAUCCUGCUAAUUCCAAAAUGAAUGUGCCAUGUCAAUAGGCCCUGACCCAACUGGGGGUCAGGCCACCAUACUGCUAGGAGGCCCAGUGGACUGCCUCGUGGCCGUGCCUCGUAAAAAAUACUCUUGAUAAUCAGAAUAUAGUUCUAACUUGUUGGUAGAAUUAGUAUUACUACUUUUAGAGAUAAACUUAUCCUGGAAAAGUUGUUGACAUAUAUGUGAGUCCAUUUUCUUGACCAAGCCAUGACGAUUUUUUGAAUCCAUGCUGAGAAUUGUAUGCUAGUUCACUGUGGCUGUAAGCCUAUAUUAUUUUUUUAGAUUUUUAGAGUAUACUUAUUUAAUACUAUAACAAUAAGAAUUUUAAUGUAUUUUUUUUUCAUUGUCUGACAUGAGCCAACAAUAAUAAAGAACGAUUUGACAACAUUAUUUAAUAAAACAAAAAACAAAAAAAAAACACCACAGAUAGUACCAACAUAGUGUGAGUUUUAUUUGAUAUAUAAAUGAACAUAAUGAGAAAACAAUUUUGUUAUCUUGAUUAUCAUUUUUCUCUCCGCUCAUGCCAGUUAAUGGAUAUUGAUGAUUUGAAUCCAUUUAGUAACAAAUUAUCACCACUGUCGUUGAAUUAAGUUUUGAAUCUUGCUUACGAUUUAAGCUAACAGCAAAUUAGGUACUUUAGUUUCAUGUAAAAAACUUUUGGAAAUGUGUUAGAAAUUCAGUUUGCUAAGACAUUCUUGCAACAAACUUUAUGUGUGUGUGUGUGUAUAUAUAUAUAUAUAUAUAUAUAUAUAUAUAUAUGUGUGUGUGUGUAUAUAUAUAUAUAUAUAUAUAUAUAUACACACACACACAUAUACAUACACACAACAUACAUACAUACAUACAUACAUACAUACAUACAUACAUACAUACAUACAUACAUACAUACAUACAUACAUGAUACAUAUACUGCGAAUCAAAUUUGUAAAUAAAAUGUUGACUGUCUAUUAAUCAACUUGAAUGGAGUAAUUUAAAAAUAGUUUGUUACCUCACAAAAUUUUUUUACUUACCUUAAAACUUUCUGCAUCAAAUUAUAAUUAUUUUAAACAAGUUUUGAAUUAAAAAUGUAAUUGUAGUGGUUCUGACUUUUAGUUUUAAGGGAUGCAAGUUCUCAUGAAUAUAACUUAUAUGUAACAUCAGUGCCCUCGGUGUUUUUUUUUUUUAUCUUAGAGAUCAUUUCAGUGCACCACUAUUUAAUCCGCGAGUGUUUCGUACCGAAUGCAUGGGUUCGAGAUGAAACACCCCCCCCCCCCCCCCGCAAACCAAACACAUGGCAGCGGAUUUCUCCUUUGUGGAUUUCCACAUCAAAUUCUUUGUAUUUUGUGUUAUUUAUUUUCAGUGUUUUGUAACCGAAUUAAACCAAUCUUCCCUAUUGUAAGAAUUGUAGCAAAAAGAAGGACUAAAUUACUGUUUAAUAUAUGCUUUAUUUUUCAUGACUUAUACCUUUUGGAAUUUGUAGAGUUUAAAGUACGCCAUGUUUAUGUUAUAUUAUCUGCAUACUCUUUGUGUGGGAUUUUAAUAUUUUAAAGGGGAAAUAAAUGGUCAGGAACUAAUGAACUAUAACACAUCAUUCACUCAUUGUUAUAUUUAAUGCUAUUCAAUAUGUGAUUUUAAUACACUUCAAGUACGAAUUUAAUACAUCGUCGCUAGUGUUAAAAUAAGAAUUAUUAUAAAAUUAUGAAAUAAUCAAAAAAUAAAAUUUAUAUGAGCAGGAAGCGAACCCUGACCAGCCGGCUGCUAGGCAAGAGCCUCACCAACUAGGCUAGGCUGGCUCGCCUGGCGCAUCGGAAAAUGUAGCUACCUGUGUAAAAUGUUCGUAUAAAACUUUAACUAUCAUUUUCGCGAAAACUAACGCGCAUUGGACAAAACCCUUUUAGCUUAGUAUUCUGGGGGCCUCCCUCCACAACAUAUAUAAGACCUAUUAAAAUCCGUUUGUACCAUACUUGGGUUUUAAGUGGUGUCAAAUCCUCAGCUAAAGUGACACCCAACUCGAGAUUAAAGACAUUCAUAUUAAUGUGAGCACAGUAAGACGAGGCUUGUUGCAGUGUAUAGUAAACCGUAGAAAGUUAAGAAUUGCAAACACCAUCCGCACAUUAGAAAAACAAAGUCAAGAGGCAAACCCUAGCACAGACUGAUUUUUUUUUUUUUUGAAAUUCAUAUUGUCAGAUCCAUGACUGUAAUCUGAAGAAGGGCGAGGCAUCUAAGACAAGAGAUAAUAGAGCACCCUACAAAUUUCAUUGCUCAUGAGCAUUGCAUAAUUCAUUAGCAGGCAACCAGGAAUAUUAAAAGAGUGGGGAGUGGGAGGCGAGUAGGCUGAGAAAAAAGGGGAAAGAAACAAUAAAUUAGUCUCGUGGCUAUAUGGAUGUCUAGGCAUGGCAUGUUGUUCGAAUGCUUGAAGUGUCUACCUCCUCACCGCCAUCUCAACGUCACAGCCCUGACCAGGAUUUUGCAGUUCUGUUUUUUAACCAUCAAGGAACAAAGUUAAGUCAACUUCUUGCGUCAAACAAAUAUACAGGUGACCUAAUCCUAGUCAUAAGUUCUUUGUCACUGUUAAAACUGAUGUUUAUCUGCAUCAAUCGACGAAAGUAGAAACAGAAACAGACACAAUAUGUGCGUACAAAGUGUAGAAAAGUUUUUAUGAUCUACAAGGUGAACAGAUAUGAGUUGUGGUGAUCUCAAUGGGAAGAUGUUUUUCCCAGUUCCAAGCAGCUGGAUAUGAAGGCAUGCGCACGAUACUAAAAAAAGUUGACAUUGUAGCCUCAUGUAAGUUAUCCUGUUCCUGAAGUUAAAUUGUAAAUCAUAAUUUACUUUUGUUGGAAAAUGGCUAUUAUAACCUUAACUGUGAUUGAAUGAAUUAAAAAAUAUUAUAAUAAAAUUUUUGUUUUCUGAAUUCUAUGCUUUGCUGUCACAUUUCACAGAAUUUACUGAGGCUUGAACCUUACAGCAGGUUACUUAAUUUUACUUUAAUGAGCAGAGAUUCGGAGUUUAUAAGUGUUUGUGAGGAAAGAUGUAGAUUAAGUUUGACUAAGUGUACUUAUGUGUUCGUUACACCCUAGCUCAGGUUAAAGGGUCAAAAACGGACUAAGAGUGAAGCUGAAGUACGAAGGUUGGCAUC